CUUAUAUAUUUGCUAGAGAUUUUUAUUUAUUUUACUUUUGCGCUGCUUCUGUUGUACGUGCUCGAACUGCAAACCACUGAGCAAGCGCUUCCACUUUAGCUGUCUACUACAUACCCACUCAGCCCUUGCUGCCCAUUCAGCACAUCAUAUCAAAAUGCCACGCCAUCUCUCUGAAAUUCUAAAAGUCUACCCAGAAGACGAGCCCUGGUGUGCUGGCUUUGCCCCCUCGCAAGGCCGUCGCUGCCACAACCCCACAAACGCCAGAAACCGCCGACAUGCCAGUUCCCUCCUCGAACAAGGAACCCGCUUGCUCAGAGCCGGCCAAUCUAUCGAGCAUAUACUUGAGGACUUGGCUCCUCUCGUCCUCUGCACAAGAAAUCACCAGAACCAAGCUGUCGGCUUAACUAAUACCUGGGUCUCACGAGUCGAUACAUAUGUCGCGAAACAUCGGUCUACUCCUAGGAGCUUGCCGAGUAAAUCGACUCCUCGGCGGUCGCCAUCGCCAACGAUGCGUAAUGAAACAAGUAUAGAGGAUCGACUUGCGGAACUCGAAAGGAAGAUGCAGGAUGCAAUUCGUAAGGCAGAGAGAGCACAGCGGGAGAAAGAACGGGCGGAGAGAGACGCUGAGCGGACUAGACGGGAUACCGAAAACAUGGUCAGGAGAAGUGCGGCUAUGGGAUAUGCCAGAGGACAGGAAGAAGCGAGAAGAAGAAGAAGCUCUCCUCCUCCUGCUGCUACUACUGUUGAGUCUGAGACUACUACGGUUGAGCACAACGAGGAAUACGGAGUGCAGAGGAACUCGGUGUCGAGUGGCUUGCUGUCUUCACAGAGGCAGGACCCUCGUGGAGGGAGUGUCGAGACGACCUUGCAGGUCAACACUUCUACCAGCACGAACUUGCAACUCCGCAGAAGCACUAUCGUGAGCACGACCAGGGUACAGAGGACAAGCGAUGCCCCAGCUACUCCCGCUCAAGCUGAACGACAUGCUGCCACCCCGAGCUCUGAACCCAGAAUAGUCGAAAUCGAUGACACCAACGAUGCACUAGCUACCCUGCCCCCUGCCCAGCGAAGCAACAACAAUGCUACCUCCGGCUCCAGCAGCACAAUCUCAAGAAGAGCAAUCAGCUUCCCCAGCGCAGAACCCGAGGCUACCAUCACCACAACUGCAUCUACCAAUCCAGACCAUCCUUCAACCACAAACAACCAAGAAUCCACCCCUCUUACAGAAACCCCAGAAACCUCCACCCCAACCCUUCAACUCCCAAGCCCUCCUACCUCAGACAACGAAGAACCUCCCUCUACUCCCACAGACACACAGGAAACCACAAUCCAGACUACCUCUACAUCCAUUUCUACCCCUCAACACCACCUCCCCACACCCCCAUCAACUCCCCCUCCCACCAUCCUACCCACAAUCUCAGAUUGCGGCAUAACCCGUCAACCCAUCGAAGGUGACUGCUGCAUCUGCAUCUGCCCUCUAGACGAAGAAGACUCUACCCACCACGACGAUAACUCGCUCGUCUGGUGCCAGAAACAAUGCGGGAGCAACUUCCACCGCGAGUGUAUGGAUCGGUGGCUAGCCUCGUCACUUGACGCGAACCGGCAAACGAGUUGUCCGAUGUGUCGGGGGAAGUGGUAGUGGUUUUUCCUUUGUCAGUUUCUUUCUUGUACUUGAUUUGGGUGUUCAUUGGGUGGUAGGAUCGGAGUUUGGGAUAUUCCUGUUGGUUGUUGCAUGAGCUAUGAUAUAUGGUUCUAUGAUUUGAUGUAAUGUGAUGUGAUAUCCUUGGUUCUGUUUGUUGAUUACUAGUUGGGUCGGGUUCUUGGUGGUGAUGGGUAAUACAAUGAAUGAUUAGCUCGUUAGUACUGUUUAUUAUGAUACUUAGGUUGCAU